AUGAGCAGCAGCAACAGAAGCAUGACUCUUAUUCUCCUGUGCGCGGUGGUGGUGGUGGUGGUGGUGGUGGUAGCGGCUGCCGAUGAUUCUCUGCAGCAGCAGUGCGCGCAGGCGAGCAGUAGCCUCUUCCCCUGCAUCGACUACGGCGACGGCCACAGCGACAGACCGUCCAGCGACUGCUGCACCACCGUGGGCGACAUCCGCAGCACACGGCCGGUCUGCCUCUGCUUCGUCAUACAACAGACGCACAACGCCUCCUCCGGCUUCCGCACCCUCGGCCUCCGGGUCGACCGCCUCCUCACGCUCCCCGCUGCCUGCAGCCUCGUCAACGCCAGCGUUAGCAAUUGCCCAGGCAAUUAA